CGUAUCUUAGAUUGAUCACACGAUUCACCCCGACCACGGUCGCACCCAAACGCAGCCGAAUCAUUACUUAUUGCAACAUCUCGAUACAACGCUUUCAACAUCUACUCCUCAGCCCUUUAUUAGCGAUCUGCAAUCAUGCCUCCUAAGAAGUGGGACGAAGAAGAGAGCGAGGCCAGUGACUCUGGCUCCGAAGUCGCCCCUGUGACCGCCGCUCGCCGAAAGUUUGAUGACGAGGAAGAUGAUAGCGACGUGCUUGACUCUUGGGAUGCCGCUGAGGACUCCGAAGUAGAGCGUGAGAAGGCCAAGAAGGCUGCCGAAGCCAAGGAAAAGGCCGCCGCCGCCGCCGCUGCUGCUAAGAAGCCCAAGGCCCAGCGUAUCGCCGAACACAUCGCUGAGCGUGCCCGUAUGGCGGCCGAAGACGAUGAGGAGAGCGAAGAAGAGACGGAAGCGGAGCGCCGUGAGCGACUUCGCCGCACUGAGCAGGAAGCCGACCUCAAGCACGCCGAGGAUCUUUUUGGCGGCAUUGGCAUCAGCGCUGGGCGAAAGGCCAACCCUUCCGGCACCAUGGUCGCCGACCCCAACAAUCCUACGAACCUGAUCAACCUCGCCAACGUCCCGAUUUUCAACCCUCAAACAAAGCUGCAGUUUGAGAAGAUGCGGGCUCUUCUUACCCCCCUGAUUACUGCAAACACCAAGAAGGCUCACUAUGGUCUCUUCCUUGAAGAGUUCUCCAAGGAGCUUGUCAAGGAGUUGAACAGUGACCAGAUCAAGAAGAUUGCCAGCACUCUUACCCGCGCAAGCAACGAGAAGCUGAAAGAGGAGAAGUCAGGAGACAAGAAGAAGACCAAGGCUGCCAAGACAAAGACCUCUCUUGUCACUAGCCGUGCCAACGCAACUGAUACGGCGGCUUAUGACGAUGACGCUUUUGGAGAUGACGACUUUAUGUGAAGCCCUUAUUCAAGUCAACACACGGCAAAAGAAGAGGAAAAAGAAGAAAAAGACUGCUAGAAUCAGCGUAAUAUUGGUAUUCCCAGCGUGUUACUCUCCCUGUCUAUCGAUGGAAGCGCGACAGCUCUUGAUUUCCUGGACUACACCCUCAACCAUGCAUGGCCUUUUCACCGUCACCAUUUUCAGUGGUCUUGGUGCCGAUGCAGCAUCUCGGCGUGGGCGCAAGCUGACGACUAUUCGACGUAUACAUUGAAAUUGGACGAUUUUAUGGACAUUUUUAGAGGAAGGGAUGGCGGGAGUUAAGAAUGGCAUAUUGUGAAAUCUGUUUGCCCUUUUAUUUUCGAAGCGCUUGGUCCAAGGCACGGGCCUAACAGUCCAAUCGGAUUUCCGGGUAUACCAUCAAAAGUUAUGGCUAGGAUAAAGAUGCCAGUUUUUCUUCUUAUAUCUAUACUCUGGCACAUGUUUUAGAGUGGUUCUGUUUUGUAUUGCACUGCUUCAGCAGACAAGAGGUUAGGGUAUCAGAUAUAGAUAGCCUCUCCUGAAGCGUCAAGUAUUUCUCAUAAAGAUCCAUUAAAACCCCCAAUCGCCAAGAAAUGCCCGGAGUGAUACCCGUAUAAUAACGCCAUCAUUAAAAUCCCGUCAUAUACCGCCCGUCCCGUCAUGAUUGUAAAUAUACAGCAAUUCUACAGGAAUCAACCGCCUUUUCCCAUUGUGACAAUCCCAUACCUUUUUUUUCUCCCCUUAGACCACAUUUCCGGCCAUGCCCAUGAAAAGAGCAUGGAUGGCCAGCGACAAAGUCCAGAAUCCAACCUUUCGAAAUCGCCUGACGCGGCUUUGCUGAUCCUCGACAUCCUUUGCAAAAGCCUCAUACGUCUCAGCGGAUGCAUCAUCCAAGAGCCCGCAGUCAAAGACUGUCCAACUUCCGUCAAAAUCGCCUAGAGGCUUGAUGAUGCGGCUAGAGAUGGGGAUAUACGUCUUCUUAGCAUUGAUAUAGGCCACAAUGGGGCGAACAAGCGCCUGGUUGACAUAGGAUAAGUCGGUGGUGAAUAAUGGUACGGCAGCCUUGACGUCAUUGAGGUGAAUACGCAAGUCCAUGAUAACAAGGCGUCUCUCCUCCUCAGAUUCGUUUGCUUGCUUCUGGGCUUUCUUCUCGCUCGUUGCGCGCUCGCUCUCUGAGAAUUUCUCAGGAGUGGGCGCUCUAG